AUGGCUAAUAUAAAGAAAUUACCGUUCUCACGUUUACCCAAAGCUGUUAUUCCUGUUCAUUAUGCUUUGGAAAUCAAACCAAAUUUGAAGACAUUCAAAUUCAAUGGACGAGUGGUUGUUGAUACCAAGGUAAACGAAGAAACUGAUGAAAUUCUUAUCAAUUCUGCUGAUAUCGAAAUUCUACGUGCUUCGUUCAACAGUGUAGAAAGUGAGUCCAAGCGUAACUUGUGCUCUAAUAUUACCUAUCAUGAGACUGAUGAGACGGUAUCGAUUAAGUACCCGCAGAAACUUGCCAAGGGUGAUGGAAAAUUAAUGAUUGAUUACGUUGGUAUUUUGAAUGACAAGAUGAAAGGCUUUUACCGAAGUAAAUUUACGGCGGUUGAUGGAUCUGAACGAUAUGUAGCCGUUACUCAAUUCGAGUCUACGGAUGCAAGGCGAGCCCUGCCAUGCUGGGAUGAACCCGCAAUUAAAGCGACUUUCGAUGUGACGAUGAUUGUACCUAAGGACAAAGUGGCUCUUUCUAAUAUGGUAACUGCUUCGUUUACUGAUUAUCGUGAAACGGAAAAUAUUUCUGAUCUAAAAGUCAUAAAAUUCGCUAAGACGCCAAUAAUGUCGACAUAUCUCUUAGCUUUUGUUGUCGGUGACUUCGAAUAUGUUGAAGCUAGAUCUGCCGAUGGCGUAUUAGUACGUGUUUACGCCCCAAUUGGUAAAAAGGACCAAGGAAAAUUUGCGUUAGAUGUUGCUGUUAAAACUCUUCCUUUUUACAAAGAUUAUUUCAACAUACCGUAUCCACUACCCAAAAUUGAUCUUAUUGCCAUUGCCGAUUUUGCCGCCGGAGCUAUGGAAAAUUGGGGUCUUGUUACUUAUCGAGAAACAGCCCUACUGAUUGAUCCUGUAAACUCAUCUUCUUCCAACAAACAAUGGGUAGCAAUUGUUGUCGGCCACGAACUGGCUCAUCAGUGGUUUGGCAACCUUGUAACUAUGGAGUGGUGGACUCAUUUAUGGUUAAACGAAGGCUUUGCUUCAUGGAUUGAGUACCUAUGCGUUGACCAUUGCUUCCCUGAAUGGGAUAUUUGGACUCAAUUUCUUGUGAUGGAUUCGGCUAGAGCAUUAGAAUUGGAUUCGUUAAAUAACAGCCACCCAAUUGAGGUGCCGGUUGGUCACCCCUCAGAAGUUGAUGAGAUCUUUGAUGCAAUCUCCUAUCAGAAAGGAUCAUCGAUUAUUGCUAUGCUGCAUGAUUUUCUAGGAGAUGAUGGCUUCCGUUCUGGUUUGAAUCAUUACUUAGAAAAAUUUAAGUAUUCUAACGCACAGACGGAAGACUUAUGGGAAUCACUCGAAGGUGCAACUCAAAAGCCCGUAAAUAAAGUUAUGAGUUCGUGGACCCGUCAAAUGGGCUAUCCUGUAGUAUCAGUUUCCGCGAAGCAUUCUGGUCAAUCCGUAGAGCUUGAAAUAUCUCAAUCUAAAUUUUGUGCUGACGGCCAGCUUGACUCUAGCCACGAAAAUUACGAGUGGUUGAUACCUAUGGUGAUUGCGAAUGGUUCUAAUAAUAAACAACCUGUUAAGAUCAUUCUUGAUGAAAAGUCAAAAUCUGUCACAUUACAAGAUGUUAAACAGGACGAUUGGGUAAAAAUCAAUUUUGGACAAUUUGGAUUUUAUCGUGUCCGCUAUACUUCCGACAUGUUACUCAAACUUGUUCCAGCGGUAGCUAAUAAGGUGUUAAGUCCACGAGAUCGUCUAGGCCUGCAGAAUGAUACUUUUGCUCUAACUAAAGCUGGACUCUUAAAUACUACUGAUUAUCUUGAUUUACUGCAAGCUUUUUCUAAAGAAGAUAAUUAUACCGUUUGGAGUGAUAUCAUCGGAAACUUUGGUUCAAUUAUAAGUUUGAUGGAGUACGCAAAUCUCACGGAUGGCUUUAAAGCUGUAGGUAUUGAAUUACUGACAGACAUAGUCAAGACAUUAGGAUGGGAAAUGAAGGCUAAUGAAAAGCACACAGAUGGCUUACUGCGCAGCCUAGCAGUAUUACACUUAGGUAGAUUUGGUCAUACUGAGACCAUGGCAGAAGCAAAAUCAAAAUUCGCAGCACAUUUGGACGGUACUAAAGCUAUAGACCCAGAUUUGCGAAGUGCUAUCUACAAAGUCGUACUUUCUGAAGGAGACGAAACAACCUUCAAUGCUUUACUUAAGCUUAUUGAUACAACGGAUUUGCAAGAAGAAAAGAUGCGUGUUAUGGUUUCGCUAGGGGCAGCAAAUGGAGAACAUUUGCUAACUCGAGCUUUAGAAUUUGCUAUGUCUGACAAAGUAAGAUCUCAGGACAAGGUUUUCAUCAUCGAAAGUAUUGCCAGAAGUGGUAAAAUUGGUAGACAGCUCACAUGGAAUUUUAUGAAGCAAAAUUGGGAUAAAUUGAACAGCAUUUACCAAGGAGGCUUUUUGCUGUCAAGGCUAAUCAAAGGCUGUUUAAGCGGUUUUGCCGGGGAAGAAUUUUCAGCGGAUAUAAGGGAAUUUUUCAGCACGAAGAGUGUUCCUGCAGCGGAACGUACGAUUGAACAAGUGAUUGAAAGUAUUGAAUUAAAUACAAAGUGGCUAUCGCGCGAUGUUUCAUCUGUCACUUCGUGGAUGCAAAAUAAGAACUACAUUCCUUCGAAAUAA